GGUCAUCCACACAGCUUUACACGUGUUUUACUUCACGUAUCAUACACCUAAUUAAAAAACAAAAAGAAUUAAAGAUGUCAGACAUGAGAGAUGCAAUGCUACUUGGAUCAGAGGGAAUUAAGAAGACUAUUCUACACGGAGGAACUGGAGACAUCCCUAAAUUCAUCACUGGGACGAAGGUGACGUUUCACUUCCGCACCCAGCUGUGUGAUGGAGAACGCACGGUGAUAGACGACAGCAGAGCGGUGGGGACGCCCAUGGAGAUAGUUAUUGGCAACAUGUUUAAGUUGGACGUCUGGGAGACCCUGCUGGCCUCCAUGAGGACUGGAGAGGUGGCCGAGUUUUGGUGUGACACAAUACACACGGGGGUUUAUCCACUUGUGUCCAAGAGUAUGCGGCGCAUCGCAGAGGGCAAGGAUCCGCUGGAGUGGCAGGUUCACACGUGUGGCAUGGCCAACAUGUUUGCAUACCACAGCCUUGGUUACGAAGACCUGGACGAGCUGAUGAAGGAGCCAAAGCCGCUCUACUUCGUACUGGAGCUGCUCAGGGUGCAGCAGCCCUGCGAGUACAACAGGGAAUCGUGGGCUCUGAACGACGAGGAGAGGCUGAAGGUGGUUCCUGUGCUCCACGGCCAGGGAAACAAACUUUUCAAACAGGGACGCUACCAAGAGGCCACACAGAAAUACAAGGAAGCCCUCAUCUGCAUCAAGAACGUCCAGACGAAGGAGAAAGCGUGGGACGUCCCAUGGCUGAAGCUGGAGAAGAUGGCGAACACUUUAACUCUUAACUACUGUCAGUGUCUCCUGCGCAUGGAGGAAUACUACGAGGCCAUCGAGCACACCACGGACAUCAUCAACCAGCACCCAGGUGUGGCAAAGGCAUACUACCUGAGAGGGAAGGCCCACAAGGAGGUGUGGAACGAGGCCGAGGCUCGGCAGGACUUCACCAAGGUCCUGGACCUGGACCCCGGCAUGAAGAAGGCAGUCACAAAGGAACUGGCGGUCCUCAGCAUGCGCAUGGAAGAGAAGAACCAGGAGGACAAGAACAAGUAUAAAGGCAUGUUUUAA